AUGACUAUCAGCAAUAAAAAAAGGCAGCAAUUACAGGCUCUUGAAAAGGCCAGGGCCAAUCAAAAACGUAUAAAAACAGCUCAUUUUGACAAUGAAGACAACAACAACAAAAGUGUAUUCAAGCCACUGGACUUGUACAAUGACUCUGAGACAUCACUCUGCAGACUAGGAGUGGAUGUAGUCUAUAUAGCCCCUGACCCCUGUGGCUCCGAACUGGAUCAUCCUCCAGCUUAUCCCAAUUCCCCCAAUUCUUUUGACUCUGACUCUUCUGAUUCUGAAGGAGAUUCCGACUCUGGCUCUAGCAGUGGAGAACUCCCAUGGGAACUUAGUUAUUACCGCCCACCAACUGUUGCCCAAGCGCAGACAGCACUUGCCACACUUGAUUCUGCACGCCGGACCCAACUUCCAUCAGGUGGAUACAAGUACAAAGACCUGGACCGGAUCACUGCUGAGCGAUACACUGCAAUACAAGCCUGUCUGAACCAAUUCCUUGAGGCUGAGCCAAAAGGAAAGAAAUUUAUUCAGGCAUCCAAGGAUGCAGCACGUAUGCAUAAUCGAAGAGAUACAUAUGCCCAAACAAUCCGUAAAUGGACCCGUCGACUCAUCAAUUAUGGUGACUUACCUGGGAAUAUCCGAGGUUGGUGGAACGUAUCCACACUGGAGGAUGAGGAUGUGUCAUCUGCAAUCAGGCUUCACUUACAGAAAGCUGGGAAGUUGGCGGGUGCACAGGAUGUGGUGGACUUUCUGUCUGAUCCAGAGGUUCGGAAAACACUGGACAUCAAGAAAAAGAUUAGUCUUCGAACAGCACAACGCUGGCUCUCUCGGGCUGGUUUUUCUUGGCGAUCUGAACCUGUGGGCCAAUACUUUGACGGUCACGAACGACAAGAUGUAGUUGAAUACCGGCAAAAGGUAUACAUACCUUUCCUGAAGAAAAUCGAGCGGCGGCAAAUAAUUUAUAAUCGGGAUGGUGUUGAAGAUCCUACACGUCCAUUGCAAUUACUACCUGGCGAGAAACCCAUUAUUUUGUGGUUUCACGACGAGACAAUUUUUUACGCAAACGAUCGUCGUAAAGUUCAAUGGGUCUUUGUUGGAGAAAGCCCAGUACCACACAAGAAAGGAGAGGGGUGUAGUUUAAUGGUGGCCGACUUUGUGUGUGCAGAGUUUGGGUGGUUGCGUGGACCGAAUGGUGAAUCUGCGAGAGUAACAAUGUUUCCCGGGGGCGACAAAGAUGGAUGGUUUACAAACGACCGUGUCAUUCUUCAACUAGAGGAUGCUGUCAAAAUUGUCAACGAACACUUCCCCCAGUUCACUCACAUAUUUGUGUACGACAAUGCUCCUUCGCACACAAAACGCUUGCUUUCCUCACUUUCCGCUUAUGGAAUGCCCAAGGGUCCGCUUCUGGACUGGCCUUACUACAAGGACAAGGACGACAAACGCGUGUUUGUGAGAAUGAAGAAUGGUUUUCUCCCAGACGGCUCACCCCAGGAGUUCUAUGACCCAAACGAACCCAAUCGUUUCAAGGGAAUGUCGUGGAUUCUUCGAGAGCGCGGUCUCGGUCAUCUUGCCGAUUUGAACGCAGUUUGCACGAAGGGAUGUGAACCAGGGAAGACUGACUGUUGCUGUCGUCGGGUAAUGAUGAACCAGCCAGAUUUCAAUAAUCGUGAAUCAGGCUUACAAGAGGCUGCUCGAGAGCUGGGAACUGAAGUGGUAUUUCUCCCAAAGUACCACUGUGAGCUGAGUAUGAUAGAGCAAGUCUGGGGAUACGCAAAAAGAGACUAUCGAGAUAAUCCCCCUAAUAGUAGCUCAAAAAAGUUGAAGGAGAACGCACUAAAGGCAUUAGAAUCACCCCCAAUUUUAUCAAUGCGCAAGUUCGCUGCUCGUUCUCAACGUUUUGCCGAUGGAUAUGACCAUGGUAUGGACAGGUCCCAAGCUGCUGCGUGGGCUACAACGAUAUUCAAACAUCACCGAGAGACCCCAGCACAUAUUCCGUACGACGAGAUUGCUCCUAACUAUGUACAUACAACAAACAAUUAA